GGAGGAGACCUUGCACCACACGCCAUUGUUUCACAAGGUACGUGCUACAAACUGUGCCCAAGAAAACAAAGCCAGUGGCUCAGGCCCGACCUGGCCUCCCCUUCUCUGGCUGGAAAGCAGCUUUCUCACGGCCGGGAACCUUGUGUGCCCGGGUUUGGAUGCCCGGUUGCGCGCAGGGAAGCUUUUAAGCGUGGGACCGCGAGACGCCGCUUGUAAACAGAGCCGGGCGGGUGGUCCGCGGGGGCCGGUCGCGCUGUGGCUGCGAGGCGGGCUGGCGGUCGGCCUCGGGGUCUCCAAAGAGCCCAAAGACCUGGAAAUUAAGAAUUGGUAUGGCAUCACUUUGACAAGAACUACCGUGUUGUCUUCACAGAAAUCUCAUUGAAGAAUAAGCUCAAAGGAACACUUGUCUCUUCAUGGUUCUAUUACUAGCAAAUGUUUUCAGUGUCCACUCUUGUGCUUGACCUGCUCUAGGCAGCCCAAUGAAGGUUCCUGCCAGCUCUUUUGCAGAAGCACCUGUCUUUGUUUGGUGAAUGUUUGUUAAGGCUUUCCCUCAAAUAUCUUGAGAGGCGGAAGCCUCUUGGAACCUAUGACAUGGAAGCUUUGGAAGUGGAUGAUAUCAGCCCAGCCUUGGAAGUUACUGAGGAUUUCUUUAGUACUUUUGAUAAUAAGCUAGAAAAGCCUGUGCAGCAAGCUGAGGUUUACAGGAUUCAGGAAGUUCCUGAAUUAGUGGGGCAUGAGGUACUCAGUGACAUAACAGACAAUGGUGCUAUGAGAAACGUUGCCUCCCUGGGCAAGGGAAAUGUGAUUUGGGAGCACUGUAAGAACAGACUCUUAGAAACAAAAGCUCAAAAUGUCUUCCCUGCCAAAGAACAGUUUAUGGUCCAGAGAGGGACAACCCCAGAUAAUCUAUCCUGGAUGGAACAAAAGGAAGCAUCGACAUUUAAUUUUUUCAAUAUCUGUCAGCGUCGGAGGGACAGACCUCGUUCUGUGAAUGACUUAUUGGAUGACACCUCUGCUUUCAAGCCAGGCCAUGCUCGAUCGAGGUCAGAUGUGACCCAAGCAGAUUGGCAAGUAGUCCUCAAAAGCAUGCCUUUGCAGCAGCAGCCACAGCUGCCAUUUCUACAAGGUCCUCACUUCAGGCCCUCUUUCCUGUUGCCCUCAGCAAGUAAGGUAGAAGAUGCUCAAGGAAAUACUGAACACAAACAGACAUUCCCAAACAUUCUGAAGAAGGGUUACCUGGAGAUUAGGAAGGACCACGACAGUUACUGGCAAAGCUGUUAUGCAGAACUCUCACCCUAUAACUUAUACUUUUACAGUCUUGACAGCAGUGGGAAUCAAAACCUGUAUGCCACGUACCAGCUUUCACACUUCCAGAGCAUAUCUGUCUUGGGUCAUCUUGAGGCCAGCAUGGUGGAUACUGUCCUGUAUGACAACAUUCAGCUUCAGCUAAAGGCUGAAUCGCCGUGGGAGGCUUUGGACUGGGGACAGAAGCUCUGGGAAGUCGUACAUGCUGCUGUGCCUGGUUACAUGGGACGGCAGGAUGAGCUGGCAAACUCACCAGGGCUUGGCCAUCAUGUUGACUGUAGGCAGAAUCAUUGUUUACAGAAGAAAGCCAAUGGGCUGCUACCACCUUCCCCUGUCUUGGAUAGCCCCAAGCAGUACCAAAACAUCCUCAAAUCAGGGACACUCUACAGACUGACUGUCCGGAAUAACUGGAAGGCAUUUACAUUUGUACUAAGCAAGGACUACCUUAUGGCCUUUCAUCCUGGCAAGCUAGAUGAGGAUCCCUUGUUGAGCUACAACGUAGAUGUUUGUCUGGCUGUCCAGAUAGACCACCUGGAUGGCUGUGACUCUUGCUUUCAAGUCAUUUUCCCCCAGGAUGUCCUCCGCCUCCGAGCUGAGACCCGGCAGAGGGCACAGGAGUGGAUGGAGACUCUGAAGACAGCUGCCAAUGCAGUGAGGAGUUCAGAGCAAAACCUGCAAGUCACACUGAGGAGUAAACCCAAGGAUCAGAUGAAUGGGCACGAACUCAGAAAGAACAAACGUCAGUCUGUGACCACCAGCUUCCUGAGCAUCCUGACAACUUUGUCUUUGGAGCGAGGACUCACUGCUCAAAGUUUCAAAUGUGCAGGGUGCCAGCGAUCUAUCGGCCUUUCCAAUGGGAAAGCCAAGGUGUGCAAUUACAGUGGGUGGUACUACUGCAGCAGCUGCCAUGUGGAUGACAGCUUCCUCAUCCCAGCACGCAUAGUCCACAACUGGGAUACUUCAAAAUAUAAGGUGUCUAAGCAGGCCAAAGAGUUCCUGGAGUACGUGUAUGAAGAGCCCCUGAUCGACAUCCAGCAGGAGAACCCCAUGCUGUAUCUCCACGCAGAGCCACUGGCAACCGUGUUGCGCCUGCGGCAGCGGCUAAAAUCACUGCGGGCCUAUUUGUUCAGCUGCCGGGCGGCAGUCGCAGAGGAUCUUCGCCGCAGAAUCUUCCCCCGAGAAUACCUCCUUCAGCAGAUCCACCUAUACUCCCUCGCUGACCUGCAGCAGGUGAUAGAAGGAAAACUGGCUCCAUUCUUGGGCAAGGUCAUUAAAUUUGCCACCUCACAUGUGUACAGCUGCAGUCUCUGUUGCCAGAAGGGGUUCAUCUGCGAAAUCUGUAACAAUGGAGAGAUCCUCUACCCUUUUGAGGAUAUUUCAACCAGCAGGUGUGAGAGCUGUGGAGCUGUUUUCCAUGCUGAGUGCAAAGAAAAGUCUGUCCCCUGUCCAAGGUGCGUCCGACGAGAGCUGCAGAAGAAGCAGAAGUCCUUCUGGCGGCAGCUAAAUGUGGAUGAGAGCCUGGAAGAGGCAUGCACCAUGUUUGAGCUGUCCUACCAGAACACCUGACUGCCAGGCCACACUGGCACUUGCCCCGCAGCGACCUGUGGCCAAGAGGCUCCCAAGUAGCCACUCGCACCGGAGAAGAAGGGUCUGUCUCCUCUUCCACAUUUAUUUAUUUAUAUGUAUACACCCCUGUGCGUACUGUGCGUACGUUCUGUGUAAAUCGAUGUCCACCAAAUCCUCUGUGGAUAAAAGCCUACCCAUGUACUUGGCCAUGAACUUCAGCUGCUUGCUUGUAUGUGUUUUACAUACAAUGCUUCAUAGUUCAGAGUUUUUUGUUUUGUUUUGGCUCUUAGGGGCCAUUUUUAUUAUACAAAGCAUAGAAGGAAGCAUUUCCUACAGACUAACACAGCUUCGGUUAUUUCCGUAUUGUGUAUUUUUAGCCUUCACAGAGGCUGGGGGAACUGAGGCAGGCAUCAUCAUCUGUUUCAUGAGGAAAUCUGCAAAACACAAAAACACCUGGAUCCUUCCAGGCCCCAGUGUCCCUGGCAGACAGGGAUCUCUGGAGUGGAGAUACACGGCAGGGAGCCAAGCAUGUGGCUCUCUGACAAAGCAUUUGCCUUGAGCUGAGGAGGUUUUGAAGUUAAUCUCAGGAUUUUUCUCCUGAGGAAAAAAGAUGCCUCUGUGACCAAUAACUGCAUGUUCGUCUGUUACUGGUACGAACCCCAACACCUGCCUAACCACGUAGCUCUCCACCGUUAUCUGCCAUGUUCCAACAUGGCUCUCUUCAGAACAGUUUUCCAAAGGUGUCAUGGGUGAUAUUUGUGAUUUUUUUCAUGGUGUCGGCUGGAGGAAAUGUCUUAGAAUUGUCAUUAAAGACAUCAGUGCAUAGACUGGUAGAAUAGAUGGUACGUAUCUUAGAAGAGACAAUCUUCAGGUUCCUUUUACAGAGUCCUGUGUAGGUAACCCUACCUGGUCAUUUUGAGUGCUUUAUAUGUCAUUGUUCUUCCCUGCACUUGUAUUUUGGCCUUUGUCAAUUUAACCACUCUUCUGUUACAUUUUUUGUUGUUGCUGCUGUUGUUAUUUUUUAAAAUCAGGGUGAUAUUUUGGAAAAAAUCUCAAUUUUAAACUGUAAAGAAAACACAAAUAGAAUUACAUCUAAUAGUGUUUGAAUAAGUAGAUAUACACAUAUAUUAUUGCCACCAUAAAGCAAAAAAAUGCUAAAAUAAGUAAUAUCAUAGGAAUAAGAAGCAUAACAAAUUGCUUUGCUGUCGGCAGGGUCAUGUCCUCUGCUGCAGUGUCCCUGUAAGAGCCAGCAUAGCAGGGACUGUGACUGAGGUGGCAGGUAGGACGGCGCUGGAAACCCAAUUGCUCUUUUUCCUCCUUGCUUGGCUCUCCAAAACAGGAGAAUAUGCUUAUAACAAGAAUUCUUGGUAGACUUUAGGAGGCGGUCACGGGUCUUUCACAUUAAGUAUAUGUUCGUGUCUUCAUGGUUUAGUCUUCCCACGGCUGUUGGGAGCUGGGGAAGGACAUGGUGCCUGAAGCUCCACACUUUGCUGCCUCCAGAGGCCAGCUCUUGACGCUCUGUCCAUUCAGAGACAUUUCACAAUAAUUUUCCUGUAGUUACAUGUAAGCAUUUUACCUCCCAACCCUUUGGCCCCAAACCACAUAUUUCAACUUAAUAGUGAAGCACCAUGCAUGCAUUUAUUUUCUGGUUUUACAGUAGCUGUGACCAAGGCAUGAAGCUUGGUGAGAGUCCAGGGCCCUGUUCAGGAGACGCCUCAUCGGUGCCUUUUACUCUCUAAAGCAGGUUGACUCACGCUCCCUCCCCCCAAUUAUCAAGAAUGUGAACACAAAAGGAGAAGGGUAGAAAGUGUCUCAAACACUUGGCAAACAGAUUUGAUCAUCUCCUCUCCUCCUCCCCUUCAUGAAAUAUAGUAUUUAUAUUUUCCAGCCCCAGAGAAGAUAGUAGAAUAUGCUCUUUCACAAGAGAAUUAAUAGACCUGCUUAUUAUAAAACAGAUGUGCUCCCAUGGCAAAGUGCCUUCCCCUCCGCUCCCAGCUCAGUCAUGGAGCUUGCUUUUGCCUUUGCUGGAAUUAAUGUAUCUGCGAUUCCGACUGUCAGUGGAGCUGUUCCUUGCAUGCUGUUUGGAGACUUGAAGUGCAAGGCCGUUCCCUCCUUUCCAGCAUGUUUGCUGUGUACAGAAUGUCUUGUCCCAACUCACAGGCAUCCAGGAUCAGACCUGCCGAGAGUCAAGGGUGACAUUCUGGAUCCCUGGUCUAAAUAUCUUUGUUUUUGCCAGAAUCUGUUUAGAAGGCCCUGCGAUAUAUUAGCAGUCCCUGGAAACUCCUAGCAGUUUUCCACCCACAUCACUUUCUGCUUAUUUUCAAAAGAGAAAAAAAAAAAAAAAACUGUACCAUCAAUAUCAGCUACCCAGAACUGGAACUGGGUCCCUGCUGCUUCUGUUUUCUCUCCUUUUCAUACAACUCUGACAGCCUGGUUCAUGCCGGCCAUGGGCCUACAACAACAUUCUCUGCCACCACCACCAAAAUCUGAUGGGACAGAGUGGAGCCAGCUUCCAAGUUGGGGCUGCCAUGAAAAUUCAGAAUUGCUAUUUUCAGCCCAGAAUGCCUUAGAGCAAAUGAACGCCCCUACUGUUUUCCAGCCUAACAAAUUACUUGGUGCAAUGCUAGGUAAUUGUUCCACUGCUUAGAAAAUGUAGGAACAAAAGCAAGUCUGUUGAUUACUCCCUCCUUAUGGCUGAGUUAAUACCUGCUUUGCCUUGUGUUCCAUUUUACAUCCUAUAGUAAAUAUCUUUGCACGUAACACAUGAGAAAAUAGCCAGUUUAUCUCCUGCGACUGGCAGCCAGGUACAGGGAGCUGCUUCUCACUCAAGGGAACACUUGAGGAAAUCCCUCCCCAGCACCAGAAACACGCGUGUGAGCACAUCCAGCUGGUGAAAUGCUGGCAUCUAACCUGAGGUAAAGAAACCAGUUCCCAAAAUAGCCAUCAGUGUGCAGUAUUACGCAGGAGGGCUGCAGAGCA